AUGGCGCAGUCUCCCCUUCCAUCUGCGAAUCCCGAAGAGCAUCAAUACUGGACUGACCCAAUCCUCUGUGAAGAAACGCGAACCAGGCUCGAAUAUUAUCGAAGCAUAGGAUGGCUUCCUCCCAACCACAAGCCCAAGACCCUGGAAGGAAUCGCUGUGGUUGAACGGUACUGGCGGAAGUACUGCCUCCAAUUAGAGAAGGACUAUGUCGAUUAUCUUCUCUCUGAGGACCAGGCAAUCUACAUGAACUUUUUUGAUUGGAUGCACAAGACUUCCCGUAAGAAGCUUCUCCAAUCCUACGAUGAAUACUGGCGGCGCCUCAAACAGUAUUUCAGCUUGUUCGCCCGGCGUCGUAUGGACCAGGGAGUCCAAGAACAGAUGCGAAGAUUUAUCAACGGAAGAUUCCCCGCCGAGCACUCGAUCUCUCGACGGAUGAAGGAAAAGAGUACACUCAGCGUGGACGUCUUCUGUAUUUUGUACCGCCACCAUUGGAUCCAUUCGAAAUUUUUCCGUCAUGGGAGCAUGUUGAUACAAUUCGCUACGAUCCAGCUCUGGUCUUCCAUUACUGGGACGCGGCCCGGUGUGCUGCUUCCGCAGAAAGCCUACCUACCGAACAAUACGUCCUUGGGCAAACGAAAACAAGGCUUGGAUUUUCAAAGCGACAUUCCUCAAUAUGUUUCGGCCAAGGAUCUUCCAGACUCGGUGUGUUAUCGGGAUAUUGAUCUCUUCUAUCUCAAAGACUCUAAUGGCAAUCGUGACGUCCUAUGUGCUAUCAUUGAGUUUCGCAAUCUAAAAGGCCGACCUGAGGGUGCCGAUGGAACCAGAUUUUUCAUGCAUUGUGAUUAUCAACUAGCAUAUUGCCCGAUCCUGCAAAUCAUCACAUACGCCUUUCGGGACAAGGCUUUUGCCAAUACUAUGCUGACACCAGAAAUAAUAUGGCGACUCCAAGUUCCAGACAACGCUGCUUCUCUUCCCCUGCAAUGGAAACCCGAGGUACUAGAUACCCCUCUCCUUCGGCAUGUUCAACACACAGAAUACGGCCUCAAGCUUGACAAAUCUCGGCCGAUGGCAUAUGCCACCAGCCGAGAAGCGAUGCGGGAGUUGGGUCGGGAUGCCAAGUUCAAAGAUGAUGUUGGCCACUACAAUUAUCGACGCUGGACUGCAAACGAGGCGAACCGGCAUUUCACGAGCCAGGAGCGGCAAAGGGUGCUCGGUCAGUCCGGAGACGGGGUUUUUGAGAGGCACUACCAAUCCCAGUUUGUUCAACGCGAUCUUCAAAAUGUGGUGCUUCUCCGGCCACCCCAGGAACAUCUCCUUCAGGCCGCUGGGAGUAUGCUCCGGAAACGGGAUCUGUCCGCUCCCUCCUCUGAACUGACCGAGGAACAGCGUCGCACGAUUUGCCAGGACCCACGGAUUGUAGAGCUCAAGCGGGCCAAGCGGGAGGUGAUGGAGGAGAUGCGAUCCCUUGCUGGCACCAAAAAGAACGCCCGACAGACUUUUCCGCAUCUCUACCAGCGGCACGAAUCGCUUUGCAAGGAGCUUUCUCAGCUGCGGAAAACGUUAGCCAAGGACACCAAGGAGACCGCUAGAAAAGAUCACUUCUAUAACGCGCCCAUUCUCGAAGUGAACAGACAGAUCAAGCGACUUCUCGGUCAAGCUGACCCUGAGGAUAGCGACGACUUCGACGAGAAGGACUGGGAGCCUCCCACCCCCAGAUACAUCUUCCCGGAGCGGGAACGGCUUGUUGAGAUUUUCUAUGGUCCAGACGCAGAGAAUUACGAAGAGGAUAAUCUUCUUGCCAGACGUAUCCAGGCAACCAAAGAUAUGGUUGCGCUCAGUACUCUCUGUGAACCGAGCCGUCGGGGGAAUCGAGUCAACUGGAAUUUCGACGAUGAUGAGUCUGCGGAACACGAAAAGCCAUGCUGCCUCGAAGAAAAAACUCCUGACUGCCCGACGGAUGUUUGCAUCAUCUGUUACGGUCUAUCCCGCCGCUCAACAUCUAAUCCGCCUCCACACAGAUUUCCUCCUAAGCGAUUAGAUUCUCUGCGGCGCCAUCUUAUCGAUUGUCACCUCGCCAAAGCCUACGACGGAAUCAGCUGCACCUGGAAGAUGUGCAAUGAUGUUCCAAAGUUCACUAAAAUCACUGAUUUCUUGGUCCAUGCUAUAGAAGUGCACACAUACGAUAUCAACAUUCAGCAGAAACAUCUUCCGCCAUGGCAGCUUGUUAGUGGCCGUGAAGAUUCAUCUUUCGAUGAUUCAGAUCCCUCUUCUGGAUCCGAUCGCCACUCCGGUAUAGAGACUCCCGCUUCUUCUAUCAGCUCUGAUAUGGCGAACAUCGACCCUAGAUUGAUUGAAUCUGGCCCUAUUCAUUCCACAAAAUGCUCAAUACGUAGGUCAAAGAGAUUAAAAGCGUCCAUGUAA